GCAAAUUGAUCACGUGGCUCCAUCUAGUGGUGUGUAGAAAAGUGCAACACAGAGAGUUUUAGUAAACGUUCACUGUGUUUAUUCUCCUGUUACUUGCUUCAGUUUUAUGCACAACACAUUUCUGCUUAAUUUUCUUUCCUCUGAUUAUUUAUUUAGUCUUUUCUGUUCAUGCUGUGUUACAUCUGUAGUAAUAACAAGAAUGUAAAGAAAUGUCCAAAAAAUACCUCAAGAGUUUUGAUUAAGAAAAACCCUGAAAUUUUUUAGGUAAAACGCGUUUUUUAAAACUAUUUUUGUCCCGCAAGAGUUGCCAUCUCGGUGUAAACAAGCGGCAACGCGAUUGGCGCCGAAUGUGCGAAACGUCCCGCCUUCGCUUCACUUUCCCGUUCCCCCAUUGGCUGACAGACCCAUCAUUCAACUAAACCCGGAAAUAGAACCCAAACACGUUAGAGUUUAGUUUCCUCUCGUACGUUGUAGUUUCUGUGCAGCUUUUCAGAGCUCCAGGUUCAAACGUAACGUCGUGAAAAGACGAGAAACUACUUCUACAACUAAACAGAAAUAUAAUAAAUAUAUAAACACGAGUGGACUUUAUGUAUUACGUUCAAAUGAGCCGGGGAUUCGUCUUCAGCUGCAGUUUAGCUCGAACGUUAGCCCGGAUACAGACUGGAUUUGACUCGGUUUGUUCAGUGUUAAUCUGACUGAAGUGUCAUGGCGUCGCUCAGCAGUCUGUCUCUGCUGGGCUUCAAGCAGCUGUCGGUCCACCUGGUGGACUGCAUGAAGACCCCGGCAGACCUGAGACCAGAGGUGAAGCAGGAACCAGAAGACGACCUCCCUGUCCUCGUGCUGAAGGAGCUCUCUGUCUGUUUGGUGGACUGUAUGAAAACCCCAGGACUGAGCGGAGAGACCGUCCGUCAGGAGCAGAGCUUCCCCAGCGUCGAGGUCGAGUUAGAAGAGGACAACGAGCAGCUGGAGGCCGACGGCUGCUCUGAGAAGCCACGCGGUGAGCGGUGCCGCACCGACCUCAGAGCAGACAUCAGUUUGUGUAAAGAAGAAGAGGAAGCGUUGGAGUGUGACGACAGAGGCGUCAGCUGGGUGGAAAUCAAAGCUGAGGAAACCGAUGAACUCCAGCCGGGUCACAUCGUGGCUGACGGGACGCUGUUGGUGUUUCAGGAGGACGACGGCGGCUCAGACGGGGUGACGUGGGUCAUACAGGACUACGAACUGUCCGAGUCCCUCAAAUCUGCCAUGCUGAGUCACGCAGGCGGUGAUUCAGAGGUGCGUCAGGAAGAGGGCGACUGCGGGGACACGAGAUCACAACACAGAAACAUUAACGUCACCACAGCAGAGCAGCAGGACGCUGAAGACGAGGGAGCUUCUGAGAGCAGAGCUGGAGAGAGGAACCAGCAGGAACUCCGAUCUCACCGCUGCGAGCAUUGUGGGAAAUCGUUUGCAAGGAGAAGCAACUUCGUCAGACACCAGCGGCGUCACUGCAGCGUGACGAGAAGUACGCCGACCCAGACGGAGCAGGAGACGCAUUCGUGCCACAAAUGCAGCCUGACGUUUCGGACUAAACGCCACUUGAGGCUGCACGCACACGUUCACAAAGAGAACGCUGAAAACCACGAGGGGAAGGAAACAUUUGAGGAGGCUCCACGACAAAGAUGUCACGCCUGCUCGCAGUGCAACAAGAGCUUCUACCUGUUACGCACCCUCCGGCAGCACCUCCUCACCCACACCGGGGAGAGGUCUUUCAGCUGCAAAGUGUGUGGGAAACAGUUCGGGAGAGAAGGAACUCUGAAGGAGCACCAGCUGAUCCACACCAGGGAGAAAACUUUCACUUGUGAGCAGUGUGGGAAGACCUGUGCCAGAAGGGGAGACCUCAAAAUACACAUGCUCAGUCACUCUGAGGAGAGGCUGCACAGCUGCCGCUACUGUGCAAAGCGCUUCAAGCAGCAUUCGAAGCUGAAGCAGCACGAACGCAUCCACACGGGGGAGAAACCGUACCAGUGCAAGCUGUGUUCAAAGCGCUUCAGGAUCCAGGUGUCGCUGGUGGCGCACCAGUACACCCACACAGGAGAGAAACCCUUCAAGUGCACCCUGUGCUCCAAGGCCUUCAGCGACAGAAACAACCUGAAGAAGCAUCAGAUGAUUCACACCGGGGAGAAACCGUACAGCUGCUCCUACUGCGGCAAGAGCUGCCGUCUCCUGCAGCAUCUCGUCAUCCACGAGCGAGGCCACACGGGAGAGAAACCGUACACAUGCGACCAGUGUGGGAAAGGUUACUCCCGUCCGGCCGCUCUGAAGUCACACCAGGCCAGCCACAAAGACAAACCUCCACGCUGCUCCCUGUGUGGGAAGGAAUUCAGAGAGCUGGCAGAGCUGACCAAUCACGAGUGCCGGGAGACGGCAGAGAAACCGCACCGCUGCUCCCAGUGCGGCAAGUGCUUUUCCCAGGCAACGAACUUGAAGAAACAUGAGCUCAUCCACUCUGGAGAGAAACCCUACGAGUGUAAAGACUGUGGGAAGCAGUUCAACCACAAGAGUAACCUCACUAAACACAUUCGUAUCCACACAGGAGAGCGGCCCUUUGAGUGUGAACAUUGUAAGAGGGGCUUCAGGCUCCUGCAGCACCUCACAAACCACCGAUUAACACACUACAAGAAAGAAACGUUGGAUCAGAGACUUUGAAGGUUUUUUUGUGGCUCAGGAGGCAGAGCAGGUUGUCCACUAAUCACAGACUUGACUGUUUACUACCAUGUUUGUUUCUGCUGGUGAGACAUUGAACCCCAAACUGCAGUUGUUUCUUGUAUGUGAAUGGAUGAGUGAGAGUCAAACUGGACUGUGUUUUAAAGGGGCAGUUUGACAUUUUUGGAGAUAUGCCCAUUUGUUGCAUAGAGUUAAAUAGUGGAUUGAUUUCACUCUCAUGUCUGUAUGAUUAAUCUGAAGCUUAGCUUAGCUUAGCAUACAGACUGGACUGCCUGUAACAACAUUCACCAAACAAGCAGUUCUCAAUAAUCCAGCACUUAACUCUUCAUAAAGCCAUGAAAAUUUGCUUUUACACCACUGUUUUAGCCAACAGUGUUUUAUUAUUAUCAUUACUUUGAUACAGUUGGUCUGAAUUGUGCAGAGUUUCCUUCGUGAAUCUCCUAAAGUAAUGUCUGAUUCAUAGAAAUAUCAUCACAGUGUUGAUUCGAUGCAUCAUUCAGUGGAGGUGUUUUUUAGUGUCAGUCCCCUCUCUUCUCAGACCAGGUGUUGCAUGUAUGAAGUCUGUGGUUUUCCAGUCUGCACGCACAGAUUCAAAAUGAUCACAUGACUCUGAGUUUCUCUGUAGAUAUCAACCGUCUCAUCCAACUCUCUGCCAGAAAACAAAUACGAGUAUUUCCCAAACUGUUGAACUUUGCCUUCAAAGAAAUGCUUUUUAAAUGGAGCUGACAGUUUAACGUGAAGAGAGACACCACUACAGGAAAGUGCUGAACACAUCCUGAGUUCUCCCUUUUUAUCAAAUGCAGGGAAACUCCUCAUUGACUGAGAUUUAUUCAGAAAGAAUAAAUGUUUUGUUAUUUUGCUGCUUUUAGAUUAAGUGAAGACUGACAGGAAAACAAAGGAAAAAGUAUGAAAGUAUUUCUAAGGAGGUGGUUUCUCUCAUCGCGUUUAACGAACUAACUAAAGUACAUUUAGUGUUCUCUUGCUUUUAAAAUGUUAAACACUUACCAAAGUAAGUAAGUGCUAUGGAUGUUUCACUUCCAGAUUUCUGUCCAUGUUAAAUGGCUAUAAGCAAGUGCCUUUAAUUUACAUAUUAUUGCCAAUUAAUGUUGAGGUUUAAUUAAUGUGACCAUAUUUAGAAAAGUCCAGCAAACGUCUAAACGUGAAAUGAUACUUUGUUGGUAACUGAUGAGAUCAACAUCAUCAGUGUUUAUUCAGUAUUAUUUGACUGUAACCUGAAUAAAUUAAGCUGAGUCUGUCAAAAAGAA